AUGACGGCAUUGACGGAUAUUCUGCCGAAUAGGCCUCGAAGGAGAGCUACUGGGAAAGGACUGGGAGUUACUGGAGGUACGGAGGUGGUUUCGUCUUCCCAGCUGCUAUAUACUGGUAACUGUCUGAUCCAGGAAGCUGUGAGAACUCAUCAUAAACAGAUUGUGGGAUUGGUUCAUGAAAAAAGGCUUUCAGAAGCAUUGAAGGAGCUUCUGGUGAUGUAUACGGCUUUGCUGGAUCCACACGUUCUUCGGUUUCGUGAAUACCCAGUGGGUAGACUCUUGAAUGGGUGUUUUGAUGAUUCACUUGAUCCCAGUGUGGUGAACUCUUUUCACUUGCUACUACUUCAGACAUUGAUCCAGCACGUGUCUUCGAACUUGCUGCUGGUAAUGGCAGGCGAAAACGGUCUUUCUGUGGGGAUAUUUGAUACAAUUGCAUGUUCUUUGAAACAGACAGGAAGUAUAGCUCAGUGGGUUCAGAGAGCUCCAUCAGGCAUUGCAUUGAAGCAUUAUGCUUGUAUUCGAAAGGUUUCAGGUGGGUUCGUUAAGAUUAUAGACUUCUUGGUGCUGAAAUCGUCCCAUAAGGAUCUCCAGGAGUACAGAAACGCGUGGUUGCUUCUCCAAAUGAAGUUUUCCAGACUAGCAGACCCUGACUUUGAGAUUAGCAUACCCAAUGGUGCGUCAGGACUAUUUGUUGCUGACUUGAGAUCGGCAGUUGGAGAGACCUUGGAGGAACCGAUCCUCAUAGAAGAAAACACAACCCCUACUGAGCGUCUACAAUAUGUGCUUGAUCUGCUCCAGAUACGCAUACCUACCCUCCAGGUAACUCAUGAUAUUUAUACUAUGGUAGUUUCCAAACUACUGUCCUUGAAACCCACAACCAAGAGCAUUGACGUCCUCGAAAACUUUCUUUUAGCAUUCCAACACACGGAGAUCAUCCACGAAAGAACAUACACCGAUUUCCUUAUACGUUUCAGCAAGGAAGCUGCAUCAUCGUCGUUGUUUGAACGCCUUUUACUAAUAAUUAUUCCUAAUGCCUUAGAGACCUUUACAGACAAGAAUGAUCUCAUUUCGAUCUGCUUUCGUUAUGGAAGCGAAAACCAAAACCCUGCUUCGCUUCUUUUAGCCCUGAAAUUCUUGCCCACAUCUAUCAAGACCACAAAAAAACAGAGCCUUCGGGAGCUCACACUUACUUGCCUUUGUGAAAAGGGCCAACUCAAUGGCUCCUUAGACAUCGCAAUCGACUUCUUAAAAGACCACGACUUCCCAAAGAUUAACAUCUUUGAAGGUAUCAGUGAACCAGCUGCUCCAGUUUGUGUUCUUAACGCCCUUAUUCAUGCAGCUAGAACUGCUUCUAAAGAUUUACAGAUCUCAUUGAAGGGUGUUCAAUUGGACGAUCAAAGGAAAUCCCAUUUGCUUCUUCAAGCCAUUGAGACCCCAGACGUGGGUACCAAGGCCUCCAUUGGCAAUCUUUUUGAUGCGCUUGAUAUCAAUGAUAGUACAAUCAGAUUAUUCUGUCAGUUACACAUCGAGAGAUUGACUGCCAUGACAGAUAUACUUCCAAAAGCGGCUACUCCUUUUGAUAGUCUUUUGACAGCUGCAAUUAUUUCUAACCGACUUAAGAGCGCUACAGGACCAGUCAAGCCUUUUCUCAUUGAGAUUUCUGAUGGAUUAGAAAGAUGGUUCCAAGGUUCGACGUUUGCAGAGGUCGAGGCGAACGUUUUCACAGAGGCCAUGUACUCUUUGUAUCAUAGCGGGUACUUUUCCUCGACUAUGACAUUCAUCUCAAGUUUUAGCAACAUGAGUUCGCUUUCUGCUGAAGCACAGCUUCCUCUUCAUUUCCUUACAUUAAGAUGCUUGCUUGAACUAGGAGAGUUCGACAAGAUUCCUGCGGAAUUGGGUAUUGCUGGUAAGUUGAUGAAGCAGAUGGCGGAUGCAAAGAUAUCCGUGGAGAGCACUUCCUUGGUCGAAUGGAAACUUUACCAAUUUGAUUACUUCAUCAGCACGAACAACAGGGAAAAAGCGGACGCCAAGUUCCAGGAGGUAACGAGCUUCCUUUUGCGCAAACCAGAAUUCAGUCUCGAAAACCAAGGUUCGUUAUCGUUGCACCAAAGCAUUUCGUGCCUCCUUCUAAACGCAAAUUUCCUUCGCUUAACCGCUAAGCUAGAACUGGAUGAGGGUAGCUUUGUGCUGGCAUUCAAGAAUGUGAAGCUAGCCAUCAAAAUUGGAGUCUCGAUUUUAAGAAAGCUUAGAAAGCCAUGUCAAAAUAAAAGUGAAACGGUGAAGCUCUUGUUGGAAUGCUACAAGCAUGGUUUCCAACUAUCCAGACAGAUAGGAGCACUGGGAGAAGCGUGGAAUAUGGUUGCAGAAAUGGAGAAACUUAACAAUUCAUUCGACGAUUGCUUGGUCAAUGCUAUGCACCACUUUGAAAUUGCCGAUAUGCACUUUUUGGUCGGGGACUCAGAGUCUGCCUCUUCCCAUUUACGUUACGGGUUGGAGAAAUCCAAUGAGAAAGACAUGGCUUUACUCGAUGCCGCUAAACUUCGCUCUUUGCUUCUUCAGAAUGCUUUCAACAGUAAUGAAGGUUAUAUGGAUUCCACGAAAAGAAAGCUUCAGGUGGCAUUGGAGGCUGUGGAUUGUCACGAUGCUUUCUCCUUGAAGCUGAUAGCUUCUUCUUUUGAGGUAUUGCAACACUUACUUUCACAGGAAGAAAGUGCUUUUAUUUUGAACAAGACUGAGCCAUCACAGAGAGCCAUCCUUGUCAAUGCCCUUGUGACAGCCAGGCAGGAAAUCAAGGAGGUUGGAACAAGUCUUGCUGAUGCUUUUAAUACGCUUGUCAUUCCUUCAGGGUUGAACUUCACCAAGGAGAAUAAUGAAAAUGAGUUUGAUCUCAUCAACAAACUUCUUGACUGUAAGGAUACUUUGCUCAAGUUCCUUCAGAAUAAUUACUCCCAGAAGUUAGGCGUUGAAGAGACAAGAGAUCUUCAAGACUGUCUUACGAGAUGUGUGUUCACGCUCUCUCAGAUUACAGUUGUUAAGAGUGAAGGAGCUGAGAGUCUUCUUCGGGAUGUUAUCUAUCUUCAGGAUAUUCCAAGACACUUUCCUUACAAGUCGGUUGGAACACUCUACCAGGAUGAACAAAGAGCUAAUGAACUUUUGCCUGUCAUGAAAAGGAACGUUAUGGACAACAACGAGGCAAGGGAUGCGUUCUUCGAAAAAAUCAACACAAGAUUACCCGAGAACUAUCUAAUUGUCACUAUCGAUGUCUGUGGAGAAUCUGGCGACUUGGUGUUGAGCAAAAUAGGAAGAAGAUCCAAAUCACCAGCCCUUUUGAGGCUUUCGCUGGCACGAAACUCAUCAGGACCAAUGUCUUUUGCUUCUGUCAUGGCUGAAAUCCAAGAAAUUAUCAAUGAAAGUCACCAAACAACGAGUCUGGAAGCGACCUCUAAAGUCAAGACAAAAGAGGACCGCAGGAACUGGUGGAAGAAAAGAUUCGUUCUCGACGCAAGAAUGAAGGCACUUUUAGAUAACGUUGAAGAGAAGUGGAUUGGAGGAUUUAAAAGUCUCUUCGAACUCGAUACUAGCUCGUCUACUGAAUACCUUUUCUUCAAGUCUGAACUCCAAAGGGUAUGGAGAAGAGCUUUGGGUAUCGAGAUGUUGAAUUUUAGUGACACCAUCACAGAAUUGUACUUCAACUUGACUCCCUGCGGAAAUGAGCUGUUGGAAACCGGCCCAUUGAAUGACUUGAUAGCAUAUACUGCGUCCGAGUUAGGGGCGGAUAUCAACGUCAAGAAGAUGAAUACUGAUCUCAAGAAGAUAUACCCGGCAAGGAGAAAAGAGAGUGAUCACCAGCAUCUUAUCUUAGUACCCAGUCAUGCUUGUUCCGAAUUUCCAUGGGAAAGUCUCAGUUUCCUCAGGUCGAAAUCGAUUUCUCGAGUACCCAGUGUGAAUAUUCUUUUUGAUUUGCUUUCGCAACCUCCAGCAGAUUUACCUUCCGUUCACAAUCGAUACUACGUGUUAAAUCCUGGUGGAGACCUCAAAAAGACUGAACUGAGGUUUAAGAGUAUCUUUUCAGAAAUGCCCAGAACGAGAGGAAUUGCAGGCCACGCUCCAGAAGAAGAAGAACUCAUUCAGAGCCUUUUCAAGUCUGAUUUCUUCUUCUACGCUGGUCAUGGCGGCGGCGAACAGUAUAUGAGAAUGACUCAACUCGUGAAGAAAAGCUUCAACGAAAAUGUCAAACUUCCUCCAGCCAUUUUGAUGGGAUGUUCAUCUGGAGCCCUCCAGAAACACGGAAAGUUAGAACCUUCGAGUAAUAUCAUGACUUGGCUUAUGUGUGGUUCGCCCAUGACGGUUUCCAAUCUUUGGGAUAUUACUGAUAAAGAUAUUGAUGCUUUUAGCUCUCAAGCACUUCAAAGAUGGGGGUUGAUUGGAGACCUCUCUGAAAGAAGUAAUAUUGCAAGAGCAGUGGCAGAAAGCAGAGACACAUGUGUUCUCAAGUACUUGAACGGAGCGGCGCCUAUUGUCCAUGGACUUCCCAUCCGUAUCGAAUGA